AUGUGAAGGUCAGAGAUUUUUGUUAUUUUCUAAUUGUUUUCUUACUUCACAUUCACAUUGUUUAUGCUAUGAACAAUGGCGAUACCAAUUGUUUUGCGAAGAUCGUAUUUGAACUUCAGGAACAACGGAUUAUGUUUAGGAAACGUUAAUACGUCGUACGGCAGUCUGUUCUCACGGUAUUACAGUGACAAUAAUGAUGUUAUAAAUAAUGCGGAGUUUACUAAUAGUACUAUUCUGAUAGAGAAUGGUUUCAACGUGCACGAGCUUCCUGUAGUCGUGCGGAAGAUAAAGGAUUUAGCGGAGGUGUCCGAGGGUGCGCAAACGCAAGUAUUGCCGCCGAGCGCGCCCGACUCGCUCGACUACCACCUCAUCAAGGCCGAGUUCAAGCUCUGCACGGACCUGCGAGAUGUAUUCUCUUUACUCUCCAAGUGUACUAAAAUUACCCCGAACAUCGCGCUCGGCGCUAUGGAGCGCAUUUACGACUUGGAAAAAAUACCCACACAGACACCUGGAAUCGGGAUGGAUUCCAGCCUAGAUGCCCCCAGGACCGUCCACAUCAAUUUGGCUAAAGGUGCUAUUUUAGAUAAGCUGUUGAAGGUUGUUACGAAGACAGAAGAUACUCAGACCAUACUGAAUAUACUGAAUUCCAAUUCAACAUUCAUGGAGCCAUAUAAACAUAAGUUUUGUGAUGAACUGUUGCUCAGAGCUAUUGACAAUCAGCUGUCCAUUGAGCAACUAUGUGAGUUUAUAAUGUUUCUGAUGGAAAAUAAAACUGAUGCCAAAUAUUCUGAUACUAUAGACAAACUGUGGGUUGGCUUUGUAGACAAAGAAAACAAUAUCAAUGAACAUAACAUAGCCCUUAUAUUCAAAGUGUUGCCAGGAUUUAAAGUAAGCAAGAAGACAAUUCUAUCUCUACUGGAACAAAAAUUAGCUGAGCUGUGGUAUAAUGUCAAGGUUCCUGACAUGCAACAUAUUUUAAAUACCUUUCUUCAAGAAAAAUACUCAUCCAUGCAAACAUUUGAUGUUGUUGGAAGAUGGUUUUAUGCAAACCUCCACGCUUUGGAUGAGGAUACACUAUUGGACAUAGUUACUAAGUUCACUCGUUUAAAUUAUACAGAUGAUGUUGUCGAAAAGGCUGUAGAGAAAUAUAUGAAACUUAAAGGCUCUAAAAUUCAGUCGCAGAUACUUACGGUUGCCAUUCUUAAUUACUGCAUGCAGUUUCAAAUACGCAAUGAAUCUAUCUUGGAUGCAUGCAGUAAAUACUUUAUUAAAAAUGGAAUCACAGUGCCUACUAGCUUCCUAAAAUCUUUCAUCUACCCUUUUGGAUAUUUAAGUUAUCAUCCAAAAAAUCAUGAGGAGUUUUGGAAACUGGUAGAGGAAAUCUUGAAUGAAAAAUUUGACUCAAUGAGCUCUGAUGACAUUUCUUCCAUAGUUUUAUCUGGCAUAUAUUCCGGUGUUUAUCCUCUGCAGUUGGCCAGAAGAUUAUUCAGUGCAGAGUAUUUAGUGAAAAUAAAUAAUCCGGAAACACUGAGGAAACUUCACUUGAUUGACACAGCUUUAGCAAUAGAAUGCACAGGCUAUGCUGGUCCGUUCUUACCCAAAGACAAAUGGUCCAAGUCUAUGUCGCUAGACGGCAGAGUACGAAACAUUAUAGAAAAGAUAAAAGAUAGCUUGCUAAAGGUAUCCGGUGCCAAUAAAAUGUCAACUGCAGUUUUAAUACCGUUCCUUUAUGCAGACGAGACUUAUAUGAUAGAUGUCUUAUUGCACCCAGCUGAUGUAGAAACAGAAAAUUUUAAUUGGAAAUUGAAGUCAGAAAAGAAUGAAAAUACAGCUAUUUUAAUCCAUCUGCCUGAUCAUUUUUGUUCAGGCAAUGAAACAUUAAUUGGGCCUCAGAUGUUGAGGAAAAAGCACCUUAAGCUCUUAGGGAUUAAGGUCGCAAGUGUCAAGUACUCCGUGCUUAGCAAAUGCUACAUAUCGCGUAACAAAUCCGAAAUGGAGAGCUAUCUCAUUGAUUGUAUCAGAAAUGCAGAGCAUUGUAAUUGAAAAAUAUGUUUUAUUACUCCAGCAGUGUCAUUAAGAUAAAAAGUAAUUAUAAGGAAAUAAGUGCCUACAUUUAUCUAGUCUGUAUAAACCAAGUGGUAAACAUAACAUAAUACAAUAUAUAUAACUUUGUAUGUUAAAGUUAAUUGUAUAUUAGAAAUUAGAAGUAGGUAGGGA